AUGGAGCUAAAGGACGCCUUGGUAGCCAACAAGACGAGCUGUGAGAAUUUGCUCAAGAGAAGGUUCUUCUACACGAGUUCAUUUGAGCUUUAUGGAGGCUCCGCUGGUCUCUACGACUACGGUCCUCCGGGAUGCGCCCUCAAAUGCGAGCUUGAGAAGCUCUGGCGCGAGCACUUUAUCGUAUUUGAUGAAAUGUUAGAGGUCUCAUGCUCGUGCAUCACCCCGUAUAAUGUGCUAAAGUCCUCCGGACACGUUGAUCGAUUUACGGAUCUCAUGAUUAAGAAUGUGGUCACUGGAGACUGCUACAGAGCUGACAAGUAUGUUGAGGACCUCAUCAACACCGUCAUCGCCUCCAUGGAGACACCCGCUGAUAAAAAGGGCAAGGAGCCAGCCAAGAAGGUCAUUAAUGCAAAGCUGGAACAGUUGAGCAAACAGGAAUUGGAGAAACUCUUGGUUCUCGUCGGAGACAUGGACCAAAAGGCCAUGGAGGAAUUUUUGGAAACGUACGAGGUCAAGUCUCCAGAGGGAAAUGACCUUUCAAAACCAUUCCCAUUCAACCUCAUGUUUGCUACCACAAUCGGUCCAAAGCAGGAAGUUAAUACGGUGGCUUACCUGAGACCAGAGACCGCUCAAGGCAUUUUUGUAAACUUUAACAGACUACUCGAGUACAACGGAGGCAAAGUUCCAUUUGCAGCUGCCCAAAUUGGACUCGGAUUUAGAAAUGAGAUUAGCCCAAGGAACGGACUGCUCAGAGUUCGUGAGUUUUUGAUGGCAGAGAUUGAGUAUUUUGUCCAUCCAAAGGAUAAGACCCAUCAUAGAUAUGCCGAUUUCAAGGACGUUGUGCUACCUCUGCUCUCGAGAGUUGAACAGGAAAGUGGAAGCGCCAAGACACAAAAAAUGAGCAUUGCAGACGCCAUUGCAAACUCCGUCAUUGACAAUGAGGCGCUUGGUUAUUUCCUUGCAAGGACAUUCUUGUUUCUCAAAAAAUGCGGAAUUAACCCAGAAGGAGUCAGAUUCCGCCAACACACAUCUAAUGAAAUGGCCCAUUACGCCUCAGAUUGCUGGGAUGCAGAAAUAUUGACAUCCUAUGGGUGGAUUGAAGUUGUUGGUCACGCAGACAGAAUGGCCUAUGAUCUAACAUGCCAUUCCAAAGCAACAAAUACCCAACUGGUUGCAAAUUUGAGACACCCAGAACCAAUUCCAGUUACAAGGGUUGUGCCUGCUUACAAUAAGCCACUCAUUGGCAAGACUUUCAAGACAAAGCAAAAGGCUUUGUUGGAGCACUUUGAAGGAUUGAGCCUCGAGGAAGCAAUGGAAAUUGAGGCGAAACUCGCAUCCGACGGCUCUUGCAAGGUCCUGGUAGGUGAUGAAGAAUUUGAGGUUACAAGACCAAUGGUAUCCUUUGAAAAAGUGCAGACAAUGGUUUCCGAUGAGACCUUUACACCAAGCGUGAUUGAGCCAUCCUUUGGAAUGGGCAGGCUCAUUUAUUCCAUCCUGGAGCACUCGUACAGAGUACGUCCAAUGGAGGAAAACAUGCAGGAUGAACGUCAAUACGUUUCUCUCAAGCCACCAAUUGCACCCAUAAAGUGCAGCGUACUCCCUCUUUCUGGAAAGGAAGUGUUUAACCCGCUCAUUACCCGUGUUCAGAAUCAGCUAAACAAACUCGGUAUAUCGUAUAAAAUCGACAAGAGCGGUGCGUCUCUUGGAAAGAGAUACGCAAGGACUGAUGAGAUUGGCGUACCAUUUGCCAUUACCAUCGACUUCCAGACCGUAAAGGAUGAUACUCUGACGCUGAGGGAGAGGGAUUCAAUGAAACAGAUUAGAAUUGGCAUAGACAAGGUUGCAGAUUUAGUACUUGAUUUGUUGAGGGAGAAUUUGACAUGGGAGGAUGCCAUGAAGGAGUUCCCGGUAUUUUCGCAACAAGAAGUUUAA